AUGAGCACCAGCACCAGCGCUCCGUGCUUUAUUAGUGCUACGGGCACUGCUGCUACGUGCCGUGCUCGUACCCCCUCAGUCUCUGGCUCGCUCGCUCGCUCGCUGCGCUGCGCUGCCCUUCUGGACUCUCUGGGGCCCGGAAUCCUCGACACCGGAUUGGACUGUGCCGCUACGGCUGGGCUGGGCUUGGACUUGCACUGGCGACGCUGCAUGAUUGGACACCCUGGCCGGUACGUACCUCGAGGGUGCCGCCGCACUCGUUCUCGCGCUGCAGCCAAAGACACCCUCUCAGUUUCGUCGCUCCUCCCCAUCCUCCUUCUCCUCCUCCAUCCCCGUUGCCGGCCGUUGACGAAUCUUUGCCUCAGGAGCCCGAUCAAUCCAGACGCCCGCCGACUUCUGCUGCUGCCGCCUGGCCUUGCCCUCUGCCUCGUCCUCCUUUUAUUUCACCCGGCCGCUUUUUUUUGCCCCCUUCAUCCCACUCUUGAGCUGACCAGCCUGCUCUUCUCACCAUUUACUCGACCAACAGUCCAGUCGCCUCCCGCCCGCUCGUGUUCGAAUUUUCUACGACCCAGGCGAGAAACGUUCGACGCCCCUCAGUGUCCAGCCAUCGCCCUCGACGCGCCUCUGCCCUUGAUUCAAUCCCCAACUCACGACGCUCAAAGGGCCCAGACGCCGCCUGCCGCCUGUCCAAGACUCGACCGCGCCAUCGAUUCCGCUCCGGCCGUGGUCCUCCUUUGGACUAUGACAGACAAGCCAGCUCCGCUGUCGACGCAAGCAGCAGUUUCCACCCAGGCCAACCACAUCGCGCUCGUGGGCCCGACCGGCCCCGACGAUGUCGCCCACAAGAUUGAGGCGCCAGAGGAAGAGCCCUACACCAUCAAGUGUAUCUGCAAUUUCUCUGACGACGACGGAAACACAAUAUACUGCGAGACAUGCGACACAUGGCAGCACAUUGAUUGCUUCUAUCCCGAGAAUCGGGAGGAGGCCAUCCGAGAGGACUUUGCACACUCGUGUGCCGACUGCAAGCCCCGACCGCUGAAUCGACAAAAGGCCAUCGAGCGCACUCUACGGCUCAGGAGUACCAUCCUGGAGCCGGAGAGCAUCGAUAAAAAAUCCAAGCGACCCCCUUCCAAGAGCCACAAGAAGAAAACCAAGCCCAGCGAGGUUCUUCUCAACGGUAUCCACGGGGCUUCAGAAGGCGGCAAGCACGGCCACAACGGUGACCAUUACCCUCCUCCAGCCAAAAAAUCAAAAACCUCCCACCGACCCUCCCUGUCCGUGAGCUCCCAGCCUUCCAAGCGAAGCCCUUCGUAUGGGAACAAUCGGGCCAAUCCUACGCACCCCCCGAGUCCCGCCACGACUCCCCCCGACCUCCCCGACGAUUUUCAGAUCCACCACUACUCCGAGAGCUUCUGCUCUCUAUACAACGAUGUGCCCGACACUCGCACCAAUGCAUUUGCCAACCUCGCCAUCCCCACCGCCCUGGUACGAUGGCUAGAGUCGUCUUCCGCUCUGGAAAAAGAGGUCGGCCGGAGACACUCAGAGGUCUUCCAGGACGCACUGCCUGCUCUUGAGAGAAAGCGACCGAAGCUUGAGAUCAAGGACGCCACACAGGCGCUGGACAACGGCACUACCCUGCGCUGGCGCUCUCUCAAGUCGACGUCUUCCAUCGAAAAGGACGUGCCUCUCAUCGAGUUGAAUGGCGAGAUUGGCUUCCAGAAGGAUUACUGUGCAGACGGUGAUAACCUGUGGGCCGAUCUCUCGUCGCCCCUCCCUUUUGUCUUCUUCCACCCCAUCCUACCACUCUACAUCGACACACGCAAAGAAGGCUCCCUGGCCCGCUAUGUUCGGAGAAGCUGCAAGCCCAACGCUCAACUGGACACGUUCCUCACCAACAAGUCAGACUACCACUUCUGGCUCGUCAGCGACCGGUACAUUCCGCCUAGCGAGCAGAUUACGCUGCCGUGGGACUUCCGUCUGGAGAAGAGCGUCCAUCAGCGCUGGCUACAUCUGCUAGGCCUCAGCGACGAUGAUGGCGCAGCGCAAGAUGAGUUUGAACUCGACGAGUCAGAGUAUACGGCCAUCUCCAACUGGAUCGACCGGAUAUUGUCAGAAUAUGGAGGUUGUGCCUGUGAUCAGGAUAAUAACUGCGCCUUCGCACGAUUCCAUCGACACUAUCUAUACGGCAAGAGCCAGUCUCGCGGCAACAAGAAGAGAUCGCGCAAGACAAAGGCCCACACCAUCUCACCAAGCAGCACCGGGCAUGCCACAAAUAGCCGUGCUGCUAGUGAAGGCCACAUCGAUGAGCAUGCUGAGCGCGAGGUCCGAGAUGAGUCGGUCCCUGCACGGAGUAAACCCUCCAGCAGGGAUCGAACCCCGCUGCGCCAGGGCUCUUUUGAUCAAUUAGGAAUAUUGACCGAACCUACAGAUCGUGACAAGCGCAAGGUGGCCAUGGUGGAAGACUCCUUCCGCCGUAUGGAACAAGAGCAGCAGCAACCACCGAGGAAGAAGAAGAGGGUAUCAGACAGUACAAUAGCCUCGGCAUCUUCCAAAUCGAAAUCCAGAACCGGCUCAACCCCUCACAUCGGCAGCUAUGCUGAUGCAAGCACUACCUCCCGAAGCAAAUCCGGUUCGCCUGCUAGCUCUAGGUCACCAAAUCUUGGAAACUCGUCAAAACCUACUGCAGUCCGCCAGGGCUCAGCAGAUUUACCAGCUAGGCAAUCAUCCGCAUCGCCACGACUUGUCUACUGCGAUAUGGGCAUCCAGACGGAUCCCGUAGACGACGAGUGGUUCAGUCAGCCGCAGGAUCUCCCCUGUCGCAAGAAGCGAAUCAUUUCACUUUCUCAGCGACUUCUCCACAACAGACACAGGGCGCGCGCCGAAGAGGACCGCAAGCGACCAUCCAUCUCAGACUCGCGGCCCUCGACGGCUGACGCCAUGGACGUUGAUGCUGAGGAAACUGACCAAAAACCGGACUCAUCAAAAGCCGAAGAGGAAACGCAGCCACCUCCGUCUCCUCCCCCAACGCAAGAUGUAGAGGAUGCGGAAGUGCACGACGCGCCGCCUCCACCUCCUCCCGAAGAAGCACCAGCAGCCCCCCCGAGUGAGGCCGAGUCCACCCCAGAGAAGCCAAAGGCACCUGAGCUCCGAGUUCAAAUGCCUACUCUACCCACACUCGAUGCCACUACCCCAACUAUGGCCACGCCUAUAUCCGCAAGCAGCUCUGUUGUGCAAUCCGUCAUCAUCUCCAGCAUCAACUCAACCGUCAACGGAGCUAUUGCAACUUCGAGUCCGAUCAAGAAGAAGCUGAGCCUCAGCGAUUACACCAAGAGCAGGAUGAACAAGGCCGCGGUGAAGCCCUCGUUGGGACUUAUUACUACAAAACCCAGCCCUUCAGAGGCAGAUGAAAUCAAGCUGGAGAAUGUAGAGUCGGCAACUUUGGAGAAAGUCGAAGGCGCAGUGGCCACACCCACAGCGGCAGCUGCUGCCACCACAAACGGUCACCCAUAA